GGAAUGUCGGUGGUGUAUAACUCCAGUCUUUAUAUUCGUUUGCUGAGUUGAAAGUAAAGCCUUGCUUCUGUGCGGUGAUUAGCCACUCCUCCUGAUUGUGCAGUGAAGCACCUGAAUGCAGCUUCAAAACAUGGUAAGGCAGGCCCGGGCUUCAUACCCCUACCUAGAGGAAACCACUUCAGGCUCGAAAAAAAGUGCACUUUCCAUCUUCUGCUUCCCGCUCGCUAGGUAAUCACGAACCCAACAUCGAUCCGUCAAACCUGGCCUGUCCUCAUUCGCUUUACUUGACAUCAACAACACUAUCAAAUACUUGGUAGUAUAUUCCAUAUCCAUAAGUACAGAACUGCUCAAGAAACGCCCAAGAUGUCUUCUCCAGGGGCUGGCAGCUUCAGCACCCUAUCGAGCUACGCCUCCUCCGCACCCGAUCAUCAAGGGCAACACGCCAUCGGCCUUCCACUUCCCGCUACGGCUCAACCUACCACAACCAGAAGUACUACUACACUGCCGCCAGUGUCUCCAUCAUCUGCCAGCGCAACCAACUUCCUCACCAACAACUCAACCCCCUCCAACAAUAUCAACAACAACAACAACCCCAACCUCCUCGGUCCCCGCACAGCCACGAUCAACUUCAACCUCCUCCCCGAGCUCGAAACCGGGCUCGACAUCAACAGGCUCAACUACCUCUGCCAAGAGCAACAGUCCAUAACCACCACCUCUACCGAAAAACCAGAAGAGGAAGAAGAGCCGGAACUUGGUUGGAAGGAUGCAUACGAAGUCAUGAUCAAAGUUCCCCUUCAGGGUCUUGCGGCGUGGGCGGGAAGGUGGAGAAGGGCUAGAACUGAGAGGGGGCAGGGGAUGGUGUAA